AUGGGAAUGCUAACCCUUGCUGGGAACACGCUAUAUCCUUGUUUUCUGAGAUUUAUCAUCUGGGCUAUGAGACGCCUGAUCCCGAACCGAUCCGAAUGGGAGACAUUUAAGACAACCCUGGAUUUCAUUUUGCAACACCCUCGAAGAGUAUACACGAACCUUUUCCCAUCUCGACAUACAUGGUACUUACUAGGAACCAUUAUUUUUUUGAACGGCAUCGACUGGGCCGGCUUUGAAUUGCUUGCAAUUGGCAACAAGGAAAUUGAGAAAUUACCGACGGGGUAUCGAAUUUUGGAUGGGUUAUUCCAAGCUUUAGCCGUGCGUGCUGGAGGAUUUUAUGUCGUCACUAUUGCCAGUCUUCGUCAAGGCUUGCUUGUUUUGUAUGUCCUUAUGAUGUAUGUCUCGGCAUACCCAGUGCUUGUAACAAUGAGAAAUACAAACGUCUACGAAGAGCGUUCUCUGGGCAUCUAUGCCCAUGAUGAACCGUUGGAAGCAUCUGGAUCUUCAAGCACUUUUAUGCGUCUAGUCAGACGUCGCAUCCUCAGCCGACCUGAUACUCCUACAAAGGAGUUGUCUCGAAGCUACUUUGUCCACCAGCAGGUGCGGUCCCAGCUCAGCCAUGAUAUCUGGUGGAUAGCUCUGGCGGUGCUCUUUAUUGCCAUUGCCGAAUCGCCUAACUUCAAUCGUGACCCCGUAGGCUACUCGACUUUCAAUAUCAUCUUCGAAGUUGUCAGUGCUUACGGUUGUGUGGGCGUUAGUGUUGGUUACCCUGGCAUGAAUUGUUCCUUCUGCGGCGCAUGGCAUCCCAUAAGCAAGUUGAUUCUCGCAGCUGUUACUCUGCGAGGACGUCAUAGAGGUCUUCCGGUUGCCAUUGACCUGGCUAUCAUGCUGCCUAAUGAGAAUCUCGCAUGGGCAGAAGAAGAGGAUGCCGCUCUAAGACGUGAACAGUCGCGUGCUUGGGGUAUUGAGAAAAUGCCUGUGGGGACAGUCUGA